AUGGAGAUCCCCAUUGUUCGCAAUAAAAGACAUACUUUGAGGACAAGGUCCAAGGAUGAUCCAAUUCAUUUGCCGGAUGGCAACAAGCCCGGCCUUCGCGCUUCCAUUCUUACCCAUGGCGUCGAUGGCAUGCACUUCACUGUAUUGGUGAUGCCACUCAUGGAUGGAGGAUCCAACAUUAUGCUCAAAUCAGGAGCAGACACCUGUCUCUCCAAGGAAAGGAAAGUGCUCUUGGUUCCAUGCUCGUCGUGUCUGAACACAGAAUCGUUGGUGCGGGUCCAGAAGAACAGAACGAUAAUGGGUAUCCAAGACUGCGGUUGGAUUUAUCAAAAACUUGGCAGUGUUUCACUUUGGAGCUGUUCCAACCGAUGGAUGGAGAUCUCGAUUGAUCCACACCUUCACCAGCACCAUGACAAGACUUAG